GAUUAGCGGGUCUCGAGCGCGGCUCCGCGGGAUGGAGCCUGCUGGCCGAGGGGCAGGCCCGCGGAACCUUGAGGGCGGGAACCGGCCAGCACGCGCCUUGUGCCACUAGCAGACCGCCGCAGGUACCGCGGUAGCCGGCGCCUCCGCGUCGGCCCGGCUGGUUCUCCCGCACAGCUGCAGAGCUGGAGGAGCUGGAGCUGGAGCCCGGCGGGGCCCCGGCCCCGGGCGGACAGCGGCUCCUCCCCGCGGGGUCCUCUGAGGCUGGGGAGCCGCUGGGGACGAGCGCCGAGGUGUACGUGGUCGGCAGCGGCGGGAGAUCCAGGUCCAGGAACGCGCUGCGCUGGUUCACCUCCAUAGCGGUGUACGCCGCCUUCCUGGGGCUGGUGAGAGCCGGGGACCAGGCGGGAGAAAGUGAAACGGGCAUCCGUGGACCCCGGGGUAUUCGGGGGGACCUUGAAAUGACUGCUGCUCACGUGGUGCUUUAAAGUUGACACACCGAGGUUGUCCCAUUGGGUCCUCACAGCAACCCUGGGAGGGUCUGGGUGUUGGUAUAUUAGGACCUACAUUUCAAGACUUGGCUGCAAAUGUGAACCGCAACAUCAGUGAUAUUUCUUACAUUUUUGUGGGCCGUGCAUGUGGAAGUCUAAGUGGUUCUGUGAUUGGUGGAUUUCUCGUUGACCACAUGAAUCAUAAUUUAAUUUUGGGACUAUCAAUGCUGGGGAUAUCUAUUGGUCUCUACCUUGUCCCCUUUUGCAAGCAAGCAAUAUUAUUGGUUGUUCUGAUCGCAGCCUUUGGAAUCUGUGCUGGAAUUUUAGGCACAGGUGGUAAUGUCCUCAUCUUGCAUAUAUGGAGAGGUGAAGCAGCUGCCCAUCUGCAAGCCUUGCAUUUCACUUUUGCCUUGGGGGCCGUUUUGGCUCCAUUACUGGCCAAGUUGGCUUUGGGCAGUGCUGUGCCCUCUGAAAACCACACAGUAGCUGACAUGUCAAACCACUCUGAGCUCACCCUGCCACCUGCUGCUGACUUAGAAGUUAUAUUUGGAAUACCUGCUAAUAAGAAUUUUUUAUGGACUUAUAUUGUGACAGGAACUUAUACUUUGGUGAUAUUUUCCUUCUUUAUUGUUCUGUUUUUCCAAAAUUUUCCAAAUCAAGAAAAAGCAAAAGCAGCUGCUCAGAAAACUAGAACAGCAAAAUACCAGAAUGCCCUUCUUGGUCUCCUUUUUCUAUUCUUCUUUUUUUACAUAGGAGCAGAGAUCACAUAUGGCUCUUUUAUUUUCUCUUUUGCAACACUGUAUGCUGGCAUGAGUGAAAGCCAAGCAGCAGGCUUGAACUCUGCCUUCUGGGGGACUUUUGCUGCUUGCAGGGGCAUGGCGAUCUGUUUUGCUACUUGUCUGCAGCCUGGGACCAUGAUUGUGUUAAAUAAUGCGGGCAGCUUGAUUUCCUCCCUGCUUCUAGUGAUUUUUAAUAAGAACCACAUUUGUCUUUGGGUGGCAACUGCGGUGUAUGGGGCUUCAGUGGCUACUACAUUUCCCAGUGGUGUUUCCUGGAUUGAACAGUACAUGACCAUUAAAGGAAAAUCUGCCUCUUUAUUUGCAAUUGGUGCUGCCCUGGGAGAGAUGGUCCUUCCUGUGGUGGUUGGAUCUCUUCAAGGAAAAUAUCCACAUCUUCCUGGGAUUCUGUAUGUUUUGUUGGGGUCAGCUAUCAUGACGGGAAUUUUGUUUCCUAUCAUGUACAAACUGGCCACUGCACCUCUUGAUAGCAAGAUUCAGGAAAGUAGAAAGAGUGAAGACCAGAAAGCACUACUCUCCACCUCUAGGUUUAAUGAUGAGGAUGAGGGUGAUUAUGGAGAAAAGGAUGCUGAGGAAGAAUGGAACAAAGUUGAUUUUGAAAUGAUUGAAAUGAAUGAUACAAUGAGGAAUUCGGUAACAGAGACGUCUAGAAAAAUUCUAAGGAAAUCUCCCACAGAAAUUUCUAGCCAGUUAUUGUCAAAUAACAUACCAUUCAGUUCCUCUCUUGUUAUUACUGGCACCUCCCUUGUGAAGUCCCUCACUCUCUACAAGGAAAAGAAUGACUAAUGGAGUAAAAGAUGGAUUGGUUAUUGAUUCCCUUUAACAAUCAUUGACUUUAAGGAGGCAGAUCAGAGUAGAUCAUUAACAGAUUUUCAAACACAUUUUAGGGUUUGGCACUUCUAGCUCUGAUUACAACAAAUGGAAAAUUCUGGUGUGUCAUGUCUGCCUAGAGUCUUUGACAACAAAGGGAGGUCAGGUAUGAUCAGGUGUCACUAGUAAAGUGACUCUACUGUAAAGUAGUCCCCUACAUUCAGAGGAUGCAAAGAAGGCGUAGAUAUUUAAGAAAUUUCUUACCAGCAAAAGACAUUAAGAGAGUGAUUGAAGAGCCGAGUAAAUUUCUAGAAUUCAAGAAACUACUGGUAGAUUUGGGAAAUAACAGUUCUAGUUGAUAGGAGUUUGUAAAGCCUCAUGAAAGAAUCUACUUUUUGCCUUGUAAAGCUCCUUUAACCUGUACAGACAAUUGUAUUUCUCUUCAGCUUGGAGCAAGUGAUGAUGAUAGGUUCUGAUUUCUGAUUCAAAGUAUAUUUCUGAUAAUAAUGAGAAUAUCUGGUGUAAUGGAAAGAACCUUUCAUUAGGAGUCAGGAGACUUUGGUUCCAGUUGUAACUUUUACCACAAAUUAGCUCCAUGAUCUUGCCUAAUUCACUUAAUUUCUCUCAUUUUACUUGUAAAAAUGAGAGUAUUUGACUGAUCCCUCUAAGGUCUUUUCUAGCUCUAAAAUCCUUUGUAUGGUAAUGAGAUAUUCUCUAAAGAGCAAAGUGCACUAACUUUAAUUGUGCAGGUUGUUUAAUGAGGGCCUUUCUGUUCUUCCCAGAAAGAAGGGAAGUUGUGAGAAAAGAAGUAGUAGAAAGAAGAGAGGUAUAAAUGGCAAAAUCACUUUAAGACUAUAAUUCUGAGAAUGAAUUUGGUGGCCUGAAAGUUUCACAUACUAUAAUGUUUAAUACUUUCAGUCAUUGUCUAAAGAGGAUAUCCUUAACCAAUAAUAAACGCAGCCAUAGGGAAGUUUAUCCUGUUGACAGUUAUAUUUAAAUGAAAAAAAAACUACUGAAAAGCUAGUAACUUAUUUUUCUAUGCUAAUUAUUUUUCUCUAAGUUUCAAGGGAGAAUUUGCAUAUCUAAAUUUUUGCUGUUAAAAAACCGCUUAGAGAGUAGUAUUCCUACAUUGGCAGACCAAUAGGGAAGGACCCUCCAUUACUUACCUCUGCUACAAAUUUAUUUCUAAGCUUUGCAGGGCUAGAAACUCAGUUAUAUCUGUUCACCUAGGUUUUGGUUGAUAACCACAUUCAUAAGAGACUGAGCUAUUAACCCAGAGUGCUAGUUCAUUUAAAACAAGGGAUUUGCCUUUGCAAUGAUAUAUGUUCCUGUUGCCUUUCCAGGACAAGCCUCUUGCUGUUGUUGCAUACCCAGGAAACUAAAUGAAAGUUCGGAAUAUUACUCAGUGUCACUUGGGUCCUUGAAGAUGAAGUAGAGCAUGUUUUAAAGUUUGUUUUCGUAUACAUUAUAGAAAACUUGAUGAAUUCUUCUCCACAGUGGACAAUCUGGGGAAUCCAUUACCUUUACUUAAAGUUUGCUUCUUCGUGUAGGCUAUAUUUUUUCCCCAGAUUUCAUAACUGACCACAUUUUCUGAUUCUUUGUUUCUACCUUAGUCCAACAUACCUUUUUCUUAUCUAGUUCCUUCACUCCGAGAUAGUUUACCUGUGCUAAUUUCCCAGCGAAUCUCUCUGAUGGUUGAAUUUCCAUCUUUUUCCCCUGAGAUCGAUUUAAAUUUGUCCCCUUAUGUCUUCCCAUUUCUGCUUUGGCUGUGCUUGUUUUUAAAGCCUGCUAUCUGACAACCUCUUUCUUGCCAGUUUCUUACAAUGGGUGUGUUACUUUACCAUUAUUUCCUUUUACUUUAUUAGAAUGUAAAAAAUAAAUUUGGUCUCAUGAUCUGUAAAUGGAGUACUGCUCCCCUUUAAUGCCAUUUGUUUGUGACUGAAUGGGGAAACCUGCAUAAACAUUGGAAGUUUGCUGGGCAAAGUAGGUGGUCCUAGAAUCAGACUCUUUAAUACCUGAACAAAUAGUGGAAAUUAUAUAGUCCUGGCUUUUUGUCAUUUUGAUUUUAUUUUUUCCUAAUCCUAAAACUAUUUUUUCCCAGUAGAAAUUGGAUUUCAACAGACUACUAUAUUGAGACCUCAAUGCACUAGACAAAUUUUUCGUCCCAUUUCAGCUCAUUAAUAUCUCAUGUAGAUUUUCAACAUAUAAGGUGGAGUAGAACUUAAAACAAGUGUAUUUGUCUUCUUAAUCUGUAGAAUUGAGCAGGUUGGAAUAGAUUAUCUCUGAAGACCCUUCUAGCUCUAAAUCUAUGAGUUUGUGAACUGAUAAGCAUCUUUUUUAGGGGCUUGGUUUCCAUGUUGCUGUGUCACCAAAAGAGAUAUGUUGAUUCACUUGAGUUAAUAUGAAAUGAAUUUGUUUUUUAUGCAUGAUGUGAAAUAUCUGACCUUACUGUAGCUGUUGUAGUUAGUAGGUGCUGCUAUCUUGUGUUUUGGAAUAUUGAUAAUGAUGUUCUGCAAAAUAGUGGAUAAAAUAUUGUUAAGCAAAAUUAAGGAAAUGGCGUCAGAAGUCUGGGGUGUCCUAUGUAUUUUCAGCAGUUUCUUCUAAACCCUUCUAGAGCUCAUUUCCUUGAUUUCAUUGGGCAUUAUAGGUAAUGAAUUCCCUUUCCUGGGAUUUGAUUUGCCCUAAGAAAAGAUGUUCUCCCCAGGCAGGGUGUUGGGUCAUAUGGCAUUUGUACGUCAUUCAGGUACAGAUGAAACCCUAAUGUGCAAUAGAUGCAUUCAGAACUAAACUUGUCAUAGCACUGAAACAUUUCCAAGUCCUAGCCAAUAGACCUUUUUUCUUCCCAAGCAAAAUAUAUGACAGAAUUGCAGCAAUACAAAAGAUCUGGACAGUCUUUUAGUAAUUAACUGUAAUAGGAUUUAAUCUGUACUACAAGAGCUAGUCAGAAAAAUCAUUGUAGUGAAUUUGUGCCUUGUGUUUGUUUGGCUCAGAUUAUGUGUGUGUGUGUAGGGGGGGGGUUCCCUUCACACAAUCUUUAUGUGACAACACAGUGCCACUUUGAACAGUGCUCUUUGAUGUUAAUAUAGUGAAACCUGUUUAGAAAGAAUGCCUAAUAUUCUCUGCAACAGUAGCUGCCUUGACAGCUGGCCUUUCCAUACAGCAUUGCUAAUAGGCUCAAGAUGCAUCUGUGGGUGAAGACAUGGAUUGCAGGAAUUUUUCCCUACAACACAUUAAAUAAAAAAAUUCUUUUCAGUAGAUAGUGGAGGGAAGGUAUGUGAUUGAAUGGAUUUAUUAUAUUUGAAUUUGAUUAAUGUGUAUGUGGCUUUAUAUCAUUGUGAAUAUUUAUUGGAAUAAAAUAUUAACUUAGAUGAAA